GGCAUCUCUCCAUUUCCUCUGUGACCGGAACCCACCAACGGAAUCUGAUCGGGUCCCUGCGUUUGACUCUGCCCCCCACCAUCCCCCCCUACCAUGAGCCCCUUUUUUGGGUGCUGGUUCUACUACUGUCUGCUCCUCCUUUUUUCCCUGGGAGUCCUGGGAGCUCCAGAAUAUCCUCGUGCUACCCCGGAGCAAGUCCACCUGUCCUACCCAGACGAGCCGGGCUCCAUGACUGUGACCUGGACCACGUGGGCUCCAGCGCGGUCGGAGGUGCAGUUCGGCAUGCACCUGUCUGGGCCGCUCCCAUUCCGUGCCCAUGGCACCGCCAGCACCUUCGUGGAUGGGGGCAUUCUGCGGCGCAAGCUCUACAUUCACCGCGUGACGCUUCGGAGGCUGCUGCCCGGGGCCCAGUAUGUUUACCGUUGUGGCAGCGCUCAGGGCUGGAGCCGGCGGUUUCGCUUCACGGCCUUGAAGAGAGGGGUCCACUGGAGCCCCCGCCUGGCUGUGUUUGGGGAUAUGGGCGCUGACAACGCCAGAGCCCUGCCCAGACUGCGGAGAGACACCCAGCAGGGCAUGUUUGAUGCGGUGCUCCAUGUGGGAGACUUUGCCUACAACAUGGACCAGGACAAUGCUCGCGUUGGGGACAGAUUCAUGCGGCUCAUCGAACCGGUCGCUGCCAGCCUGCCAUACAUGACAUGCCCUGGAAAUCAUGAGCAACGCUACAAUUUCUCUAACUACAAGGCUCGCUUUAGUAUGCCAGGGGACAAUGAAGGCUUAUGGUACAGCUGGGACCUAGGUCCUGCUCACAUCAUCUCCUUCUCCACUGAGGUGUAUUUCUUUCUCCACUAUGGCCGCCACCUGGUGGAGAGGCAGUUCCGUUGGCUGGAGAAUGACCUCCAGAAAGCCAAUAGGAACCGGGUAGCCCGACCGUGGAUCAUCACCAUGGGGCAUCGACCUAUGUACUGCUCCAAUGCCGAUCUGGAUGACUGCACAAGACAUGAAAGCCGGGUCCGCAAAGGCCUCCAAGGCAAGCUGUUCGGGCUAGAGGACCUUUUCCAUAAAUAUGGUGUAGAUCUGGAGUUCUGGGCUCACGAACACUCCUACGAACGGCUCUGGCCAAUUUACAACUACCAGGUGUUUAACGGCAGCCUGGAGAAACCCUAUACGAAUCCUCGAGGCCCGGUUCACAUCAUCACAGGGUCUGCGGGCUGUGAAGAGCUGCUGACUCCCUUUACUAUAAAAGCCAGACCGUGGAGCGCCUUGCGUGUGAAGGAGUACGGGUACACGCGGAUGCACAUCCUUAACGGCACCCACAUGCACCUCCAGCAGGUGUCUGAUGACCAGGAUGGGAAGAUUGUGGACGACUUCUGGAUAGUUAGACCUUUGCUUGGCCGGAUGAUGUACCACUAA